GCGACAACAUUGUUGUACAAACUGGUCGCCAAAAGAUUGAAGUCUUUGGUAGCCAAGAAAACAAUAGCUUUAUUAAACACGCGUUUGGUUUUUUUUCGCUCCUGUCUUGAACUCAACUAGCUGUCUUCACAGGGACUUGAACAUUCUCUGCAAAUACGAGUGACCUUCUAUCCGGUGAUCUUGAUCGGUGACUGAUGGAGAGAAUUUUCACUUACAUAGCUGCGUUGUUUACUCGUCUGCUGUUUUGCCUCCAUACGAUCUCCAUGAUUUACUGGUUGGUGACUCUCAAGAGAGACAAAACGUAUUACCUGUUUCUACUUCUUCUUGUGGCUCUUCUGGUGGAAACAAUAAUCACCGUCGGAUUUCGCAAGGGACACGAGUACAGCUGGUUCUGUCCAAGCAUGUUUUUAUACUUGAUGACAAUGAUCCCUUGUGACUGGAUCGCCAAAAUACAAGUCCUCGAUUGUGUCGCAUCCAGCAAAGACGCAAGUACUACCUGUAUAACUGCUGUUAAUGAAACUACAGAAAUCUUUCAAUUUCUCCAAGGACUACAAAUCACUGACGACGAAAGACUGCUGUACACUAUGGAGCAGGCUCUGGUUCUUAUCUUGGUCAUUGGCAGGUGGCUCCUCCCAAAAGGAGGUAUAUCACGUGAUCAAUUGUCCCAGUUGCUGCUAAUCUACAUUGGCACAGCGGCAGACAUUAUGGAGUUCACGGAGAUAAUCAAGGAAGAUGACAUCAGAAGAACAAACCCGAAAAUGCUUCAGAACAAUCACUUUGUCAACGCCGUGAUUCUUUUUUGGAGCGUGAGCCUCUUUCAAUUUCCACUGACGAUUUACGCCAUGGAAAGAACUGCUCAGAGGCUGGAAAAAGAGAAGGCUGAGCUAGAAGAGCAGCUAAAGAAAAUCAAAGGAGAGAAAGAUGUUCGAAGACGGAGAAAUCAAGUCGCGCCUUCACCGGCAUUGUACACGUAUAAAAAGAACCACAGUCAGGACAGUAAGGAACAAGAUGAAAUACGUGUUAGAUAUAUUCAGACCAAAUUUGGACUCGAGAUUAAACCGGAAAUGACGUCAGUUACAAGCAUGGACGAGGAGGAAGCUACAGUGCACGUUUCUCAGGGAGCAUGUAGCCGCUGUUGGCACAAAGUUACCAAAGCACUCGACAAUGCUGCCACUAAGAUGCAGGAUUACACCGAACUUGUGAGUUUGCUUAUACCCAUGUUCAUGCAAGACGGACCGUUUCUUAUCAUUCGCUUAAUCGUCAUCGCCUAUUAUCAAGUUUACCACGAUACUUUGUACUUUCUUACCGUUAAGAACGCUCUAGUUGUGAUGCUGCAAGUCUACCGCAUUUUCGUUUUGUACUACAAGCCACCAGAAGAAGACAUUGACGAGUUUUUCCCUGAGAGCGAUCCUUCACACAGGCUGUGUAACGUACAGACGGCCAUUAACUCUGUACAGCACACAAGGCUUGCUAUCAGAUUGGUGUCUAGGCUCCACAGACAGGCAAAAUGGCGCCGCGGUGCAGGACGCACUCUAGGUCGCGUCAAAAAGAGAAGUACUUCUUCGCAGAAUCAUCAAAACGAAGAGGAAAAGAAAGAUACCAUCCCUUAAAGAAACGUCCUACUCAUUUCGAGAAAGACUCUUUUUGUUGUUGUUUAUUUUCCACGUGUUGUGCUCGUGGUAAAAAGAUUUCUCUCUCUUCGUAGGUUGAAGGACGGAAUUUCACAUUGCUCUGCUCUGUCCUCUUUCGAUUUUUGUAUUAUUUUCACAUAGCAGAUUCCCUAAACUGAAGGAAAGGCCACAGACGAAAAUUUAAGAAUGGCUGACUGUUAGGAUCGAGAAACGCCGGUCAACGACCCAUUUGGCA